AUGGCUUCCAAUGAAGUCGAUUCCCGACUCAACCUAGUCUUAAUCCCAGCCCUAGAGAAGAUCAUCAAGAAUGGUUCCUGGAGGAAGCACUCUAAGCUCGCACACGAGUGUAAAUCUGUUAUCGAACACCUUAACUCACCCAACCAAAACCCGCCGCCAUCCCCAACUCCUCCGGCGUCUCCUUCCGCCGCUCCGUCCGACGGGGAUGCCGUCUCUUCGCCUUCCUCUUCCCUUCCCGGAGUACUCCUUGACUUGUCCUUGUCCGAUUCGGAGCUCAUUCUUAGUCCUCUCAUCAACGCCGCCUCCUCCGGCAAUCUCAAGAUCGCGGAGCCUGCUGUUGAUGCCGUACAGAAACUCAUUGCCCAUGGCUAUCUCCACGGCGAGUGCGACCCCACCGGCGGCCCUGAAGCUAAGUUGUUGUCUCGAUUGAUGGAGUCCAUUUGCAAAUGUCACGAACUCGGGGACGAGAAUGUAGAAUUGUUGCUAAUCAAGUCCAUAUUGUCCGCGGUGACGUCGGUGUCCCUGCGAAUUCAUGGGGAUUCGUUGUUGCUCAUUGUGAGGACGUGUUAUGAUAUCUAUUUGGGUAGUAAGAAUGUGGUGAAUCAGACCACUGCCAAGGCAUCGCUGAUUCAGAUGUUAGUGAUUGUUUUCAGAAGAAUGGAGGCUGACUCUUCCACGGUGCCACUGCAGCCUAUUGUGGUGGCUGAGUUGAUGGAUCCCCCAGAGAAAUCUGAUGUGGAUGGGACAAUGACGAUGGUUCAGGGUUUUAUCACCAAAAUUAUGCAGGACAUUGACGGGGUUUUGAAUCCUGGUACCCCUAGAAGUGGGGCUGCUUCUGCCGGUGGCGCCCAUGAUGGGGCGUUUGAGACCAAGACCUCUACCGUGGAAUCGACGAAUCCUGCUGAUUUGUUGGAUUCCACAGACAAGGAUAUGCUGGAUGCCAAGUACUGGGAAAUUAGUAUGUAUAAGACGGCAUUGGAAGGGAGGAAAGGUGAAUUGGUGGAUGGGGAGGGGGAAAGGGAUGAUGAUUUGGAAGUGCAAAUUGGAAAUAAGUUGAGAAGAGAUGCAUUUUUGGUGUUCCGAGCACUGUGUAAGCUUUCAAUGAAGACUCCUCCUAAAGAGGCUCUGGCGGAUCCACAGCUCAUGAGAGGGAAGAUUGUGGCAUUGGAGUUGCUCAAGAUUCUGCUGGAAAAUGCUGGGGCUGUAUUUAGGACUAGUGAAAGAUUUUUGGGGGCUAUCAAACAGUAUUUGUGUCUAUCAUUAUUGAAGAACAGCGCAUCGACUCUUAUGAUUGUUUUCCAGCUUUCCUGCUCAAUAUUUAUCAGCCUGGUGUCAAGAUUUAGAGCUGGACUAAAGGCUGAGAUUGGAGUGUUUUUCCCGAUGAUUGUUCUUAGAGUACUUGAAAAUGUUUCUCAACCAAAUUUUCAGCAAAAGAUGAUAGUUCUUCGAUUUCUUGAGAAGCUCUGUGUUGAUUCACAGAUAUUGGUGGACAUAUUCCUUAACUAUGAUUGUGACGUAAAUUCUUCAAACAUAUUUGAGAGGAUGGUGAAUGGACUUCUUAAAACAGCUCAAGGUGUCCCACCAGGAACUACAACAACUUUGUUGCCUCCUCAAGAGGUUGCAAUGAAGCUAGAAGCUAUGAAAUGCUUGGUCGCUAUUUUGAAGUCAAUGGGUGACUGGAUGAAUAAACAAUUGCGGAUUCCAGAUCCUCAUUCUGCAAAAAAAAUUGAAUCUCUUGAAAAUGGUUCUGAAACUGGAAGCCUCUCUAUGGCUAAUGGCGAUGAUGAAGAAUCUGUAGAAGCAUCUGAUUCUCCUUCUGAUGCUUCUGGUGAAGUUUCUGAUGCUUUCACUAUUGAACAGCGUCGUGCUUACAAACUUGAACUUCAGGAAGGAAUAUCUAUUUUCAAUCGCAAGCCUAAGAAAGGUAUAGAGUUCUUAAUAAAUGCCAACAAAGUUGGAAAUUCUGCUGAAGAAAUUGCUGCUUUCUUGAAAAAUGCAUCUGGUUUGAAUAAGACUUUAAUUGGCGACUACCUUGGAGAAAGGGAAGAUUUAUCUUUGAAGGUCAUGCAUGCAUAUGUGGAUUCCUUUGACUUCCAAAACAUGCAGUUUGAUGAGGCAAUCAGACUAUUCUUAAGAGGCUUUAGGCUGCCUGGUGAGGCACAGAAGAUUGACAGAAUCAUGGAAAAGUUUGCUGAACGGUAUUGUAAAUGUAAUCCUUCAGCUUUUAUCAGUGCGGAUACAGCCUAUGUUCUAGCUUACUCAGUCAUACUGCUUAACACUGAUGCUCACAACCCCAUGGUUAAGAACAAGAUGUCUGCUGAUGAUUUUAUAAGAAACAACCGUGGAAUUGAUGAUGGAAAAGAUUUGCCGGAGGAGUAUAUGAGGUCAUUGUAUGAGCGAAUAUCGAAGAAUGAAAUCAAAAUGAAAGAGGAUGAUUUUGCUAUCCAACAAAGACAAUCUGUUAACUCAAACAGAAUUUUAGGUUUGGAUAGCAUAUUGAAUAUCGUCAUCCGUAACAGAGGUGAAGAUCGCAUGGAGACCAGUGACGACCUCAUGAGACACAUGCAGGAACAGUUUAAAGAAAAAGCUCGCAAAUCUGAGUCAGUUUAUUAUGCAGCAACAGAUGUUGUGAUCUUACGUUUCAUGAUCGAGGUAUGCUGGGCUCCAAUGUUGGCUGCCUUCAGUGUUCCUCUUGACCAAAGUGACGAUGAAGUUGUGAUAUCCCAAUGUUUGGAAGGCUUUAGAUGUGCUAUCCAUGUCACUGCAGCAAUGUCAAUGAAGACUCAUAGAGAUGCUUUUGUGACAUCACUUGCUAAAUUUACUUCCCUUCAUUCGCCUGCAGAUAUUAAACAAAAAAACAUUGAGGCAAUCAAGGCAAUUAUUACUAUUGCAGAUGAGGAUGGAAAUUAUCUACAGGAAGCAUGGGAACAUAUUUUGACAUGUGUUUCUCGAUUUGAACAUUUGCAUCUGUUGGGAGAGGGUGCUCCACCUGAUGCAACAUUUUUUGCGAUUCCUCAGAAUGAGUUUGACAAGUCAAAGCAAUCCAAAUCAAAUGUUCUUCCGGUUCUUAAGAAGAAGGGUCCUGGAAAGAUUCAGAAUACUGGUGCAUCUGCAAGAAGGGGUUCAUAUGAUAGUGCUGGUAUUGGUGGCAAUGCUUCUGGAGGAAUUACAUCUGAACAGAUGAACAACCUAGUCACUAAUUUGAACAUGUUGGAACAAGUUGGUGAAAUGAGUCGCAUAUUCAUUCGUAGUCAAAAACUGAACAGUGAGGCUAUAGUGGAUUUUGUCAAGGCACUCUGCAAGGUCUCCAUGGAAGAGCUAAGAUCUCCAUCUGACCCACGGGUGUUCAGCCUUACAAAGAUUGUUGAGAUUGCGCAUUAUAAUAUGAACCGCAUCAGGCUUGUUUGGUCAAAAAUAUGGCGAGUACUUUCUGAUUUUUUUGUGACCAUUGGAUGUUCGGAAAAUCUUUCUAUUGCUAUUUUUGCCAUGGAUUCCCUUCGGCAAUUAUCAAUGAAGUUCUUGGAGCGAGAGGAGUUGGCUAAUUAUAAUUUUCAGAAUGAAUUUAUGAAACCUUUUGUGAUUGUUAUGCGUAAGAGCAGUGCUGUUGAGAUCAGAGAGUUGAUCAUCAGAUGUGUUUCUCAAAUGGUGUUGUCUCGUGUUAAUAAUGUCAAGUCAGGAUGGAAGAGCAUGUUCAUGGUAUUUACGACAGCUGCUCAGGAUGAACGCAAAAAUAUUGUCCUUUUGGCUUUUGAAAUUAUUGAGAAGAUUGUUCGAGAUUAUUUUCCAUAUAUUACUGAGACAGAGACUACCACAUUCACAGACUGUGUGAAUUGUUUGAUUGCGUUCACUAAUAAUAGAUUCAACCAAGACAUAAGUCUCAAUGCCAUUGCAUUUCUUCGUUACUGUGCAGCGAAACUUGCUGAAGGUGAUCUAGGCUCCUCCUCCAAGGAGGGAAGCAAGGAAACUUCCGGAAAUAUAUCCCCUUCAUCGCCACAGAAGGAAAAAGUUAAAAGAAAUGAUGGUGGAGAUUUAACAGAUAAGGAGGACCAUCUUUACUUUUGGUUUCCUUUACUUGCUGGGUUGUCUGAACUUAGCUUUGAUCCAAGGCCAGAAAUACGAAAGAGUGCCCUACAAGUGCUUUUUGACACUUUAAGAAAUUAUGGGCAUCAUUUCUCUCUGUCUUUGUGGGAACGAGUGUUUGACUCUGUCCUCUUUCCAAUUUUUGACUAUGUGCGUCAUACUAUCGAUCCCACGGGUGAAAACUAUUCAGAUCAUGGGUUUGACCGUGAGAGUGGGGAGCUUGAACAAGAUGCUUGGCUUUAUGAGACAUGCACUCUAGCUCUCCAACUGGUUGUGGAUCUUUUUAUCAAAUUUUAUGACACAGUAAAUCCACUUCUGAGAAAAGUCUUACUGCUUUUAGUGAAUUUUAUAAAACGUCCUCACCAGAGCCUUGCGGGAAUUGGCAUUGCUGCAUUUGUCCGUUUGAUGAGCAAUGCAGGGAAUCUUUUUUCUGAAGACAAAUGGCAAGAAGUUGUUUUGUCACUAAAAUCAGCGGCUAAUUCGACCCUUCCUGAUUUCUCUUUUGCCACCAAUGAAGAUAGUCAGUUAUUGAACCAUGAGGAAGAUCAUAGUAGAAGAAACAGUGGAGAAUUUGCUGAAUCUAAUACAGAUGAUCAAGAUGACGUAGAGAACUUGAGGAGGCACCGGUUGUAUGUUGCUAUUUCUGAUGCCAAAUGCCGGGCUGCUGUUCAACUUUUACUAAUUCAGGCUAUCAUGGAGGUCUACACCACGUACAGAUCUCAACUUUCGGUUAAAAACAUUGUAAUCCUCUUUGAAGCUAUGCAUGCUGCUGCAUCUCAUGCUCACAAGAUAAACACUGAUUCAGCAUUACGUGCUAAGUUGCUGGAGUUUGGACCCAUGACGCAAAUGCAGGAUCCCCCAUUGUUGCGCCUUGAGAAUGAGUCUUAUCAAAUUUGCCUGUCACUUCUGCAGAAUCUUGUGGAGGACAGGCCUGCCAACUUUGAAGAGUCACAAGUGGAAACCUACCUGGUCAACCUUUGCCACGAAGUCUUACAGUUCUAUGUCCAAAGUGCUGAGUCCGGACAGAUAUCCAAUUCAUCUGUUGGUUCUGCAGAGGUUCAGUGGGCGAUUCCUUUAGGUACUGGUAAACGGAGAGAGUUGGCUGCACGAGCACCUCUCGUUGUUGCAACACUCCAUACUAUUUGUAGUUUGCAAGAGUCGUCCUUUGAGAAGAACCUCGCCUUAUUUUUCCCCUUGUUCUCAAGCUUGAUAAGUUGUGAGCAUGGAUCAAAUGAGGUUCAGUUAGCCCUUAGCGAUAUGCUCAAUUCUUCAGUCGGUCCAAUUUUGCUUCGAUCAUGUUGA